AUGUUGUUCAUCUGUUGUGGUCGACUAAAAUCGACCAUGUUUUGGUUGUUGUUCGGCUUGAUGCUAUUGAAAGUAAAUGCGAAUGAAGAACGUAAGUUCAGACUCUUUACAUUUAAUCGGUUGUAAAUAUAGGUACUGGAUAGUAUGAAGGUUAAUUAAAUCUGGUUUGCUUUUGGUUUGUUAGCUUUUUCAAGCGCGAGAAAGCAAGAUGUUAACAUAGGUAAAGCAAAUGUGCUAAUUAACUUUCGAACUCGUGUUUCACCUGGCCAUAAGUAAUCGGACGCGUUCGAGUGGACAUAAAUUUUGAAUGGAUUAGUCGCUUGAUCUGUAAAUUACUAGAUCUUGGCUGUAAACGGGAUAAUUAUUAAAUUUGAUCGAGAUUUCGGGAUUAGCGGGGUGGAUAAGAUGAGGUUCAGGUGUUUUUUGUAGGAAUAUUGGCAAAAUAUGUUUAAAAUUGUUUAUAAUAAGGUAGACUAGAGUGUUUAUUAAGUAUAUAAGUCUGUUUUUUGUUGAUUUUGAAGUUUUGCUGGGUAGAAUGAUAUAUAAUUUUAGGUAUGAAAAACGUUAAUUUUUGAUUUGCAUUGCCUAAAACUUUACAGAAAGGCAAAAAACGGGUGAAAUGCAGAUGUUUGUGUCAAUUAAGAGUAUAUUUACAAGGAAAUUGACUAUUGACUGAAGAGAUAAUCUAGUUCGAGAUUGCACUUUUAGUUGCGCAAGGGGUGUUAAUCCUGAAAAUUGACCGCAAUUUGAUCGGGAUUGUAAAAUACGAGUCUUUUUCAUGUUUAAAAAUUACUUUGAAUAUUUUUCAAUAAUUCAAAAAUUUUGGUAAGGUUUUACAGGUAAUACGUAUCAUAAUAUAAAUAUCGUUUGUAGAAAUUCUACAAGUUUGUGAAGGAGAACUAGCUCAUUUGGAAUGUCAAAACGAAAACACGGUAAUUACAGUAAAAAUCGCGAAUUUUGGUCGAUAUUCGCUGUUACCAUGUAAUCCACAUGUAAUUUCGGAUUUAAAUACGAAUUGUGGCAAUAAUGGCACAAAACUAAUUGUGGAAGGGCUUUGUGAUGGCAAAACGAGUUGUAAUUUUACAGUAUCCGGCGACUUGUUUGGUGAUGCAUGUCGCGGUACUCCAAAGUACUUGGAAGCGCAGUAUAUUUGCGUUCCUGUUACUACAACUGGUAAGUUUUUGGUUUUAUUUUUAUAUUGUGGUACUUUUGGCUCACUAGAAGGACUUUGUGCUUCUUAUUAAUCGAAAAUAAUAUCUUUUGGUUAUGUGAGCGUUUUCGGUCGAUUAAAAUGCCAAAAACAAAUUAUAUCUUUGAAGAACUUGGCACAAAGACCGUUUCUCCUCUCUCAUAACGCCAUUGUUGUAAAUUCGAUUCCACACGAGUUGAGUCGGAGGUUUUAAUUAAAGAGGUGGCUUUUGUUUGAUUAAUCGCUCUUACAGCUGCGCCUACAACAACAUUGGAGCCAACAGAAAUGGUACAGCAACACGAUAUUGAACAAGGCAUUCGAAAUGAAGACAAAGUCGAUUAUAAAAUGUGAGAUUUUUCAAAAAUUAAUUUUUAAAAAAUUUUUAAAUUUUAUAAUGACUUUUUAAGUUUAAAGGUACAAAAAAUAUAAAAGUGGCUAAAAAUGAAAUUAUGACCUAAAUUUCAGUUCAAAUCCACGAGAAGCCAUUGAAACACUACCAGAAGUACGCAACUCUAAUUGCGCUGCCGAGUACUAUCGCCUCGUUCAAUGGCCUCAAACAAAGCCAGCGCAGCUGGCUAAGGCCGCUUGUCCAGUUGGUUCUCAGGGAACAGCUAAAAGACGAUGUUCUGAUGGCAAAUGGCAUUCUUCUGCCGACCUUUCUGAAUGUAUUUCUGAUUCAAUCAGACAGUUUCACGAAGAUCAUGAACAUUUCUUCAGUGCUCAAAGUGUACUGCCAGUUUUUAUUGGUCACGAACUGAAAACGCUGGUUUCUGGAGCUUUAAUGGCCGGAGAUUUGAUCAAGGUGUCAUUGGUUUUGGAGCGAAUUCAAAUUCAUAAUGGCAGAAAUGAAAUCGGAGCUAAUCGAGAAGAUUUGAGCGAGUUUGCAAAGGUAAGUGUAGGAUAAUAUAGAGCAAAGUAAAAUUUGGAAAAUGUUUGAAAAAUUUUCUUAUUUCGAAUUUUUUUACCAAUGACUUUUCAGACAACUCUCCAAACAGUCAAUGACCUUCUCCAAGUUGGCCAACGUGAUUCAUGGCUUGACCUACCUCACGAUCUUCAACGAUCAACGGCUUUUCGCCUCUUAAGAACGACACAACGCUCUCUCAGGAACAUUGCCAAAAGUGUACCAUUUUCCGAAGCAAUCAGAGCACCAUUUGUUGCUAGACCUUAUGUUGUUGGUGCUGUUGCUGUGGUACGACAACAUACGGCGGUGGAGUUACCGUACGUGGAAAGAGACGGUGUUGAUGAUAGGGCUUUGUUCAGUUUGGCUGAUGAGGUCAAGAAAAUGGAAGGUACGUGCAAUUUCUAUGUUGUUUAUAGUUAGGGAUGCGGGGCGUGGUUGAUUGUUUUGAAUUUUAAUGUUGAGGGUGUGGUUGUUAGGACAAAAGAAUAAUUUUUUAUAUUUUUAGACGAUUUCGAACUUGCGUACAGCUCAGUGUCAGCACUAGCACCAUUCAUAGUCCAGAAGCACCAUCAUGUAAUGGAGAGAAAUCCAGAACGUGAAGAUUGUCAACGUACUGUAAUAUCUAACGUGAUCAGCACGUUUGCCGCCAGAAGGGCUCAAAACGAACAAAAAGAUGUUACUCUAACAGAAAUUCCUAUGGUCUUGAGUUUUUCGACUAAAAAAUCAACGAAAAGCCCAUUUCCCUACUGUGCGCGCUUUGAUUCAGAUGCCGAGGACUUUGUGUAUGAUCCCAAUUGUGAAAUCUUGGUACACAAUGACACGAAAACGAUCUGUCGAUGCAAAGGAGUUGGGCAUUUUGCUGUUAUUGCCAGCUCAUGUGAGGUAAAAGUGAGUGUUGUGAUGCUUUUUUGGGGUGAUGUGGUAGAUUUGAAGGGUGAAUAUGGGUGUUUUUGUGACUUUAAAAGGUGGUGUAGGUAUGCAAUGUUGAUUGAAAAGUUGAUUUGGCUUUUGCUUAUUGUUCAAGAUGAACAUUUGCUUAAAUCUAUGUUAUACCUUAUUUUUGACAGUUUUUUUGGAAUUAUUAUCACAUAUUUUAUUAAAAAUGGUAUUUCUGUGCUUUUGUCAAAGUUUGGUGAUAGUGGUUUAACUAAUAGGUACAAAGAAUUAAGUAAAAACUAAUAUUUUUCAUUUCAGACCGUCUUGUUUGGCUUGACAAUCGAAACAAUAGCCCUGUAUUCAUCAAUAAUCUUUGCCAUAAUUGGACUAACGGUAUACAUGAUUGGAUUGUCAUUGAAUGAAACCAAGAAGCCAACAAUGAUUCCAAAAAACUUUUCAAAAAAUUUGAUUUUGGCGGAAAUCUUGUUGGCCAUAUGGUUUGGUCUGCCGAGAAGUUCAACCCUGAGUGUCAUUGUGUUUUACGGAGUAGAAUUUGGUGGAUUGUGUGCAUUAUGUUGGUUUUUGGUACAGUUAUUCGUGCUAAUUCAUACUGUUAUGAAAAUGUUCGAAAAUGAUGUUUAUGAGAACAAAAACAAAGGAAUGUACUAUCUGGUUGGUUGUGGUAGGUUUUUGAUUGAUUUUGUAUUUCAGAUAAGGUGUUCCUUCUAAUUUUACGUUAGAAAUGAGGAUUGUUUACAAUUUUUGAAUAAAUUUAGUAUAAUAGUACUAAUAGCACCAUUUUUCAGGUGUACCACUCCUAAUAACCGCUGUAUCAGUCGUAUCUUGUGGAAACUUCGACCAAGCUCUUCAAGGCCGCCAACGUCUGUGGACAGCACCAAUGUGGAAUCUAUUAGCGCCAUUAAUGUUCAUUAUUAUGUUACAGAGUGUCUUAAUUGUAAUCGUCGUAUCUUUACUAUGUAAACAUCGACGUGUUGGCUAUGAACCAUGUCGAAAUGACUUUGGGAAAGACAAGGCAGCAAGGAAGUGUCUGUAUCAUACAGUACCAUUCUUGGUCUUGGCGGAUUUUGUUAUUGGUGCUAUGUUUAUGUUGACCACAAGGUGGACUGUCAAUUGGCUAUGGGUAACAGUGGCAGCGAAUUUGCUUUUGAUGGCUUGGAGUUUGAAGUCGUUCUUCUUUAAGGGACAGGUACGGGAUGGUUUUGGAAUUUUAAAAAUUUUGAGAUAUUUUUGAAUAUAUUAUAAUUUAAAUUUUUAAAACAUUCAUAUUUUUUAGAAUUCAACUUGCCUCUGUCGCAAAUCUAAAGGCUACGGAGCCAGCGAUCUUCCCAAAGACUCAAUCUUCUCUCCAGUUGUCCAAGCUCGUGGCUCAGUACCAAACGUUCUUUGCUGUGAUCCCAGCUACAGUACCAAAUCCACCGCGAUAGUACAAUACUUGGAAGAUGGACCAAAAACUAUGGCCAUUCCUGAUUUUCAUGCUUUACAUUGUCAGAAUUAUGUGGCAACUCAAGGCGGAAUUCACGAUGCUCACUACUGCGAUCACACAUACGCUACGAUUCCGGCGGAAUACUGUAGUUAUUAUACACACAAUUAUCAACAGCAAAGUCCACAGUAUCAACAACAAAGUGGGCAGUAUCAACAACAUACACAGUACCAUCAUGCCCAAAUGCCUGCAUAUCCACCCCCGCCGGCACCGGAUUACAAUCAGCACGUGCAAAGUUAUGGUCCGUACUUCCAGCACCAGCAGAGGCUGGUCUGUAUGCAUGAGGUAGGUAUUGGCAGGAGUUUUAUUGCAGGAUUAUUGAUGGAAUAGAGGGUAAAAAAUUUUUUGGCGCGGUAGGGGAAUCCCUUUGGAGAAUGUUUUUAAUUUUGAUUUUUUUCAGUAUUCACCCCCAUCGCCAAUCUGCAACGAGCACGGGCAUCGAUGCCCAUCUUUGGUGGGGAUCCGAGCUCCAUCUCAACUUCAACACAAACCGUCAUCAGCAUCCACUUCCAACGUGUCAUCAGGCUCACCGUACGAAAGUGCACGAUCUUCAUCCACCGCUACCGGAUCUCAGUUAAGCACGUCGACACAAGGCACGACGACAGCAUUGUUGAGGAUGGAUAUGAGUCGGAAUAUGCCCGUUUUCUUUGAUGAUAGUAGUUCGUAA